UUCCCGCGGAGACAAGGACGCGCGUCGCAGACACCAGAGAGAGUCCACCGCGCUGAAGUCGCGCCGGUUUAUAUAACCGCACACCGCGCAGCGAAGCCAACCAAGAUACUUUCCCAUCAUCGGUUUCCCAAAGAAUCCCAAGGAACAACUGAACUGAAGCGCCCGAUCUCAAAUGGCGGUGACCACGAUAGAGGACCUGCCCGUGGACGUGCUGGCGCGCGCGCUGCGGCGCCUGGACGGCCGGUCCCUGGCCGCGGCGAGCUGCGCCACGGCGGGGCUCCGCGCGCUCGCCGCCGACCCGGACACCUGGCGCGCGCUCUGCCUCGCCGAGUGGCCGUCCGUCGCGUCCCAGCAGGGGGCCCUCUCGUCAGUCCCGCCGCGGCGCCUCUUCGCCGACGCGCUCCCUUUCCCGUGCCCAGACGCCACCGAGCUCGGCCCCGGAGCCGGUCUCCCCGGGGAGCUCGUCUCCGCGGUGGACGUGCACUACAGGGGCGCGGCCCUGCUUUCCGCCGUGGUGGAGACGCCCGCGGCGUCCUCGCCGUGGUUCCUCAGCUCGCCGUUCCGCGUCGAUGCCGUGGCCGACUGCACCAAGCCUGCGCCGGUUACAGCCGCGACAGCUUCCUUGUUGUCUCCGUCGGAGCUGGAGCUGAGCUGGCUGGUCGUGGACCGGGCCCGCGGGCGGGCCGUGAACGUGUCGAGCAGGCGGGCCGUGGCCGUGGGCCGGCACUGGUACACCGGCGACACGCUGGUCCGGUUCGCGGUGGUGCUGGGCGGGUGCAGCUUCGAGGCCACCGUGGCGUGCUCCGAGGAGACCGGCCACGUCAGCGAGGUCAGCCUCGCCGCGGAGGACGCCGACGGCGCCGCGGUGAGCGGCGAGCGCGGCCUCCGUCUUCUGGCCGCGGCGAUGGAGGGCCAGAGGAAGGGUGGGAAAGCAGAGCAGGGCGAGGCGAAGGCGAGGUACGAAGCGUUCGUGAAGAGCAAGAAGGGGAGGAAGGAGAGCAAGGCCCGGCGCGAGGCGCUCGUUGACCUCUGCUGCUCCGCCGCCAGCGCCGUCGCCGUGCUCGCCUUCAUUGCCACCGUCCUGCUCCGGUGAUCGGCCGUCCACAAGAUGAGAGAUAUCAUUAGCCCUUUGGAGAGCAAGAUUGUGUUUUUUCCAUGAUUUUGCAGAAAAGGAGAUGCUUCCGUAAAACUAGAGCGAAAUUCGCACGAAACUUCGGCGUUCCAAUUAAGACAACAUCAAGUAGUAGGAUCUUGUAAAUCGUGUAUUGUGUACCUUUUCUCCUUGGUAGUUAGGGAGUGUACAUCGAAUCUGUCAAUCAAAUGACAACGUUUUCCACCUGAUAAAAGGUGAAAAUGACACGGUUAUCUGCCGUUGAGUGCAUUGUCCUUCACAGAUCCGUACAAUCAAAAGCUACUGUUCCCCCA